AUGCAACGCCUGCAGCUGGCGACCGGCACCAGUGCCGUCCCCAAGGUGAGGGACCGCGGGACGCCGCAGGGGCAGGGUGCGGAGCAGCACGGCAGCUCCACAGCCCCUGACCCAUGGAAGCCGAUCCGCUUCUCGGUGUUCACCAAGGACCUCGACGACAGCUCCCGCUACUGCACACAGCCCGGGGAGAUGAAGCCUAACUUCAGAGGCUCCAUGAUUCAAUGUAAUUCCGAUAACAUUCUCACCGAUGAAAAGAAGCAACUGCUUCGUAAGCAGAUAAUCCCCAACGCGGUGCAGAUGCACAGGGAACGCCUGCUGGUGCAACCGCUGAGAGACAACAUCCGUGUUAAUCACUUCACUAGGGAUACCUGCUCUCAGUUUACGAUUCCCCAGUCCCACCACACCACCGGUGUGCCGAAAACCGACUUUUCACUGUACGUAGCGGCGGGACCAACUGAACUUGAUACUAUCGCGUGGGCAGUCGUUUGUCAAAUUCACCGCAGCAACCGCCCCAUCGUGGGUGCUGCCAAUAUUGGGUCUGUAAACAUUUUGGAAAUUCUUUAUACUACACGUAUCUUGGCUCACGAGAUACUGCACGCGUUGGGAUUUACAUUUAUGACAUUUAAGAAUAGAAGGAUGGUUGAUACUGUGUCUGUUCGCGGUAAGCCACCAAGCCUUGUUCUGGUAUCGCCCAAAGUGUUGGAAGUUGCGAGGGCUCAUUACAGGUGCAGCACCAUGCUGAAUGCGGAGUUAGAUGAUAAGGGUGGUACUGGCUCUGUAAGCUCACACUGGAAUAUGCGCAACGCAAAGGAUGACUUGAUGUCUCCUACCGAUUCUGCAAGUUUCUACACCGCCAUCACCAUUGCAGCGAUGGAGGACACGGGCUACUACAAGGGCAACUACCGCAAUGCUGAAAGCAUGGCAUGGGGUAAGAAUGCCGGCUGCGUGCUGUUUGACAAGAAGUGCGUUAUUAACGGUGUGUCGCAGGUGCCGGAGAUGUUUUGCGAACGUAAAAUGAAUUCAAACAGUGAGUACAAGUGCACAUCUGACCGGAUGGCUAUCGGAAACUGUGCGAUAGCAUAUCAUUCUACCUUGCCAAGAUAUUUCCAGUACUUCCCCAAUCCGACAAUGGGUGGGAUAGAUGCCAUGAUGGAUUACUGUCCGUUUAUAAAUCGAUAUUCUGACACAAUGUGCUUAAAUGGAAAUGCGAGAAAACUUCCUGGUUCUGUGUUUUCCGAAUCAUCGCGAUGUUUUUCAGCUAUCCCGAGCACUACCCUCCAGAUAAGCGAUAACCAAAAUAUGCUCUCUAUUUGCGCGGAUGUCUUGUGCGACAAGGACACCUCGAGGUACCGGGUGCGCGUGAAGGGUACCAGUAAAUUCGUUGACUGCCCACCCGGAAGUACCCUAGUACUUUCGAGUUACAGUACGGUAUUUAGGUCUGGUGCGAUCAAGUGUGCACCAUACGAGGAGGUGUGCCCUAAGUCCCUUUACCCCGACGAUGAGCACGAUAUAACGACAACAAAAACAUCCGCGCCUCAUCCGGUAAAACUAAAGGCUGUAACUAGUUUCCUUUCACGCUUGUGCCGGUCCUGA